AAACAUUAGGUCAGUCGCAAUCACUAUUUACUUCACGAUUUCUCACGAUUUAUUCUUAUUAACGUUUGUACUUUUCGUCGGCUGUUUAAGCUGCCCGGUGAAACAGCUCGUUGGCAAUUUAAAUUUCAUCCCGAGUCGCGGAAAGUUUCAUCGGGAGCUGAAAUCGAGUUUAGUGUCGCCAUCUGGAAUCAUGUUUCGAUGACAUCGGCGUUCAGUAAUUUCGCCCGUCUAAACAGAUGACGUGUUUGGUGUGCCUUCGCAUGUGUUUUGCCGCAUCGAACGGUCAAUCCAAGAGUUAAUUUGUUGUUAUUUGUACAUUAAUUAUAUAUCACUUGUUACGUAAGCUAUCGUUUCAAUAAAGAUUGUAAAAUGCUGAAAACACUGCAGUAUUUAGUGACACUUAGUGUCAUAUUUGAGUGCACAUCGGGACUUUACUUUCACAUUGGCGAAACCGAACGAAAAUGUUUUAUGGAAGAGAUUCCAGAUGAGACUACAGUUUUAGUGAACUACAAGGUGGAGCUGUACGAUCCUAGAAGUCAGGGGUUUAUGCGGAGUAGCCCAGGGAUAGGUAUGCACGUUGAGGUGAAAGAUGCCGAUGAUAAAAUUGUUCUGUCUCGAGUAUAUAGUUCGGAGGGAAGAAUAUCGUUUACGUCGCACACUCCUGGAGAGCAUGUAAUAUGUCUCUAUUCUAAUAGUACCGCUUGGUUCAGCGGUGGUCAGAUGAGGGUACACCUGGAUAUUCAAGUUGGCGAGCAUACAAUCGAUUAUGCUAAUGUUGCUCAAAAAGAAAAAUUAUCACAACUCCAGUUAAGACUAAAGCAGCUUUUGGAUCAAGUUGUUCAAAUUACAAAAGAACAAAGCUAUCAAAGAUAUCGUGAAGAGAGAUUUAGACAAACAUCGGAAAGCACAAACCGAAGAGUACUAUGGUGGUCAGUUACGCAAACUGUAAUUUUAGUCAUUAUGGGUGCUUGGCAAAUGCGACACCUUAAAAGCUUUUUUGAAGCAAAGAAAUUAGUUUAAUCUCUUCAAUAUUGCGCGAUGAAAAAAAAAAAGAACAUUUCUAAAUGAAAUGGAAGUGUUUAAUGUACAGUUAUUGCAAUGUUCGUGUGUAAAAAAAGAAUCAAUAAUUUAUCGAUUGAAACAAGCGUCCGUAUUUUUUUGUUGACUAACAUAUGAAAUGUUGUAUGCUUAAAAAAAUGUGCUCCCUAAACUACAAAUCGUAGGUUAGAAAUCAAGCUCGCAUCAUCAGUUUCAUAUCAAACACUCGAAUCACCAUUUACUAACAUUUAUCAGUACUGAUUUCUUUUUUCUCCAUAUUAUUAGAAAAUAAAUAUACAAUACAUAAACUAUAAA